AUGACUGAUGAGGGCGGCGCUGCAAAGACCGAUGGCAAAGAGACGGAGAUAGACAUCCCCAUCAGUGUACCUGCAGACGGGGCAGCCACUGGCGCUGAAGGCGCAGGAGCAGCUGCGGCACCUGCUGAGGGAGCUGCCACCGAAAGCGCGGCCGACGGCGCGCCAGCAGCUCCAGCAGAGACCCCUGCGGACGGCGCGGCUGAUCCUGCGGCCCCUGCAGCACCUGCAGAAGCACCGGCUAGUGGUGGUGAUGUUUCCGCAGACGCCAGUGCAGACCCCAGCGCGCCUGCAGCCCCUGCGGGUUCCGCUGAGACGCCUGUGGAUCCUGCAGAGCCUGGUGCCCCUGCAGCACCAGCAGAUGGCCCAGCGGAAACACCAGCCGCUGAAGAUAAGGUAGAUGACACCGGCACUGGGGAAGCUAAGCCAGAGACCGACAAAGUCGGUGAUGGAGGGAAGACAGAUGAUCCGAAACCUCCUGGAGAGGAAGAGCCCAAGGAUUCCCUGCUAUGUGUUGGCCUGGAUCCCCACAAGUCAGAACUGGAGGAAGAUUCGGCGGAAGGCGCCUUUCGCUUCUGUCAACGCAUUAUCGAGGAGACCAAGGACCAUGCCGCUGCCUUCAAGCCCAAUGCAGCCUUCUUUGAGGUCUAUGGCGCUGCUGGUUGGGAGGCUUUGCAGCGAACCUUGCAGUUGAUCCCAGCAGAGAUCCCGAUCGUCCUGGACGCGAAGCGCGGCGAUAUCGGCUCCACCAGCGAAGCCUAUGCCAGCAGCGCUUUCCAGACCCUGCGCUGCGAUAGCGUGACCGCAAGCCCCUACCUAGGUGGUGAUGGCUUGCAGCCUUUUCUAAAGGAUGCAUCCAGAGGGGUCUGGGUCCUGUGCAAGACAUCGAAUCCAGGCUCUCAAGAUGUCCAAGCUUUGGAGCUGCCAAAUGGUGAGCCUUUGUAUCUUCAUGUUGCCAAGCUUUGCUGUGGAACGUGGGCCAAAGAGCAUCAGAAUGCUGGGCUGGUGGUGGGAGCCACAGAUGUGGAGGCCAUGCAGAAGAUUCGAAGUGCGCUACCAGAUGUGUGGUUCCUCUCCCCGGGCAUCGGUGCUCAGGGUGGCGACCUGCCCAAGGCCUUGAGUGCCGGACUUCGCAGUGACGGGCUGGGCAUUUUGUUGCCCAUCUCGCGGGGCAUUUCUAGAGCUGAGAGCCCGAAGCAGAUGGCUGAAACCUUCCGCGUAGAGAUCAACUCUCACAGGGUAGACGCCCCGCUUGAGCUGGGAAGGGUUGAGACAGAAGUGAAGCAUGGAGGAUCCACCGACUCCAAGGACGCGACAGCUUGUCAUGCUUUUGAAGCUUCUUCAACCCUCUUGGAUUUUGGGAAAUCGGCCGGGCCGGGCCCAGCCGCGAAGCGGCCCAGCAGCAAGCUAUGCGCAGCAUGGCGCUGCUGCGGUGGGGGGAAGGGGAACUGGUUGCGGAACUCGGCGAGAGAACUCGGCGAGAGUGUCAUCGGCGACUUUCAGAGCGGCUUGGAGGCCAUUCCCGAUCCGUCAUUGCGCUCAGCACUCGAAGAUUGGGCUCAGAAGAUGAACCUCCACGUGCAGGAGCUCAGGACGUUCAUGGACGGUGCAGCUGAGCCACCUGUGCCACCUCUUCCGGGGACGCUGGAAGAGGAGACGCGUGCCCAAGUGACGGAGGAGGAGUUGCAAAGUGUUCGAGAUAUUGGCAGACAACUCGCGAGCCAUCGCACGGGUCGAACCACAGACGCAGAGGAGUGGACAGAUCCGGAGGAAUCAGCAAAGGAGGUGGAGGAACUUCGCCGUGUGCGACGGCAGAUCCGCUACAUUUUCGGUGGCAUGCUUCAGAGCCUGCCGGAGGCUGGCACCUUACGAGUGGAGCCUUGGCUGAAGGAGUGA